AUGGAAAGAAUGACCUUAAACCGUUUCGAGAGGCCCAAACCAUUAGCUGUGAGCAACGGGAAAGGCCUGGUGGCGGGAACAACUGAACCUUUCGCUGUGCAUUCAGGAAUGGACGCGCUAAGAAAAGGCGGGACUGCAAUGGAUGCUUGUUUGGCGACAGCUCUUGCAGGUAUACAAAAAGUUGGAAUCUUUUUCAUAGCUCCCUGAGUAAUUGUUCCUUGCCCAUAUGUUAAAUCUAUAAUUAUGAAAACUUUAAAACAGGGAGCGUGAAUCUAAAGGGGCAGAUGACUCGAAAAAUGGGACGAUGUUAUUUUGAUUAUCUCCAUUUGUGAUUUCAUCGUGUCAUUAACGUUGGUUUUACAAAAUGAACAAUAUCUUCAUUACUUUAACGUUACCAUUAGCUCCACUUGCUCCCCCCAGGGGACCCCUAUAAUUGCCCAUACGGGAUGGUUCCGUUCGUUUCGUUCCCCCUUUUCUAAGCUUCAGGUGUAUGAAAGGUUGGCAUUUAACGAAUUGAUGUAUACUAUGGUAUCCGAAAGAAUAAUCUCUUACUUAGGUAUUUAAAAAGAGUUUAUGGCUGUGUUUUUGUAAAAAAAAAAAAAAAAAGCUUUUUGUUUUGCCAAUUUGGAAUAGAAUAGAAUAGAUUCAGUGUAUUGAGUAAUGUCCCAUUCUUUUUCCUUAUAGAGAUUACCCUAGCAACAGGUUCCUACGUUUCGUACGCUGGUGUUACUCAAAUCCUUUAUUACGAGAAAUCUUCUACUAGAGUGUUCAGUAUAAAUGGUGGCUGGAAUACUCCUCUUCACGGGGACCCGUCUCAGAUCCCUAAGGUCCACACCACUGGAAACAAUGGUGCAUCAGUCCUCGUUCCUGGAUUCAUUGCCGGCGUUGUUGAUGCUGCCCAGAAGUUUGCAAAGUUUCCUUUGAAAACCUUAUUUGAGCCUGCUUUGUUUUUCGCUGAAAAUGGUUUCAAAAUGUCCGCUGGGUUGGCCAAUUCGAUUAAACUUUAUUAUAAUAACAUAACGCUGCUGAGAACAGCUCAAGGUAAUGUUUCCACUCUAACGUUUUAACCGAAAAAAAACAGAUCCCGAUCGAAAAGCAAAGAAACAACGUACUAGAUAGUUAGGUUUUUUAUGAAAAAAUAUAGGGAAUACAAAGACCAGGCGUAUUUCGUAAAAGAAUAAGAACAGAAUCGGAUGUCGUCUUUUUGACCCCCCCCCCCCCCGGGCUUUUGGUUGUUUGUUCAGUUUGUUUGUUCAAUUCAGUAUUUUUCCUAGUGAGGUCCCAAAGUUCGUCAUUUUUGAAGGUGUUUCAGUACUGUCUUUUAUCCAAUUAAUUUCUACGUGCUACCGACCUUUUAAAAUGUGUUACUUUAUCAUUCCUGUAAAUCAAAUUUGCUCGAGACAAACUUGAUGCAAAGAAGCUGUCUGUUAUUAAGCAAAACUAGGAAAUGCCAUUAUCUACAAUCCCAGUGCAAUCAUAUUACAAAUGCAGCAUUUGCCAGCUUUGCUCUUGAUUUUUGGCUCUCAGUAAAUUUCGUGUGCACCGUGAGGCAUCAAUGAAUAAUAUUUGUUAAGGCUGAUUGGAUAAACAAAGAAAAAAAAAUAAAUGUUCAGGUUGAAUCAUCAGCCUUGCAAUAAUUUGCUUUUUUUUUUUUCGUUUUUCUUUUUAUGGUUUUUGUUCACAUUCGCUAUUUUCAAUUUUCGCAUAAAACCAUUCAAUCUCGGAACAACAAACCUUCUCUACUCAUAAAAUAUGAUCUUUACUUGUCUUGCAGUCUAUCAUGAGCCCGGCUCCUGUUAACUCUGACAAAAGUCCCACAGUGAAAAGUCUCAAGCAUUUCUUUUUUAAAAAAUUUCCAGUGCUACGUUGGCCUGAAAACUAGCAAACUUUGUUUUAUGUUCAUGUAGGUAGAAGUAUCUUUACUAACCCCGAAACUGGAAAACCAUAUGCCUAUCAAGAACUUUUCAAGCAGCCAGAGCUUACGGUGUUUAUAAAGAACGUCUCCACCAGUGGGAAAGACUACUUUUACAAUGGUACUUGGGCAGACGAAAUAACAAAACAUGCGCAGAUAUCAGACCCGGUGGGAGAGGCCAUUCAACACAUCAUAUAA